UUGACAGCCGCCUCGGGUUAAAGUAUGUAGAGGAUAACGUGAAUGCCCGCCAGGAAGCGAGGAUUACUGCAAUGACGUGUCCGUCAGACAUCAGUAUUCAUUGCUGCUAGAUGGUUUUUAGUAUCAAGGCAGUCCUUGAGCUGCGGGACCCCAGAGUGAUUUACACAGGCAUCAGUUAUGCAAUCCCUUUCUGAGAGCGCUGAAGUACAAUGAAAAAAAGUAUUUGGUUGGAGUUCUGAGCUGGUUUAAAAUGCACUACUGAAAUGGCUAACAGAACAAACUCCUCUGAGUACUUCUGGUCAUAUGAAUAUUACUGGGAUUACAUAGAUCCAAUUCCAGUAGAUGGAAGCAAGUUGAAGGUUAAUAAAUAUUCUAUUGUCAUAGCCUUUUGGGUUGGGCUUGCUGCGUUUGUGACGUUUCUUUUCCUUAUUUUACUGUGUAUGUCCCGCUCUGGAUCAACUUCAGUAAAACAAGUGUUUGUAGGGAACCACAUAGAAGAAAGCAGUUCCAAUGGUGGACAUACUCACUGCGAUGAGCUCAGUGGCCCAUACUCAGAAGUGGUUGCUUCUCAAACAUGUACCUCCUUUUCAGAUGAAACUGGCAUUCAUGGAAGGACCUGAGCCUGAGUUAAAACUGGAACAAGUUAAACAAAACCAGCAGGACAGUUCUCCUGGCUGCAGAGGGAUCAGUGCUGUGACUGCCUAUUGAACACUGAUACCACAAACCUCAAACAGUUCAGGAAGAGAAGAAGAAUUUCUGU